UGAGUCUCGGAUAUGCGACCCAGACAACCCAAGUUACUGUCUGAAAUUGUCUAGUGUACUCUCUCGCUCCUGUCGCUGCCAGUCACUGAUAAGCGGUAGCAGUCAAGAAGAGAGGAAACUUUGAAAAACACAAAUUUCAAUUUCAAAAUCCAACAAUAAUGAGAAGGCUAGGGCAUCAUCGGCUGCAGCACCCGAAGCAAGGAGGAGGAGGAUUGAAGAACAUGAUGGGGAGGUUAUCCAUCGCGGUGGUGGUUCUCUUGAUCUGCACCGUUUCCUUGCUACUUUCAUUUUCCUCCACCUCCACCUCCACCAAAGCCGAUUCUCGAUCCGCUGCCUAUCGCUCCCAGAUUAAUGUAGAAGAACUUUGGAGAAGCGCUGAUUUUGGUGGUUGGAGGCCAUCUUCUGCUCCACGAUCUGAUUGGCCUCCUCCUCCAGCUCCAAGUGAGAGUAAUGGCUAUCUACGUGUGCGCUGUAAUGGUGGUCUGAACCAGCAACGUAGUGCGAUUUGUAAUGCGGUCCUUGCUGCACGAAUCAUGAAUGCUACACUAGUGCUACCUGAGUUGGACGCAAACUCCUUUUGGCAUGAUGAUAGUGGUUUCUAUGGUAUCUAUGAUGUUGAACAUUUUAUCAGUACAUUGAGGUUUGAUGUUCGGAUUGUUGAACGUAUACCAGAAAUUCGCAAAAAUGGGAAAACCAAGAAGAUUAAAGCUUUUCAGAUUCGUCCCCCUAGAGAUGCUCCUAUCAGUUGGUAUACUACAGAUGCUCUAGAGAAGAUGAAGAAACAUGGUGCUAUUUAUCUUACCCCCUUUUCUCACCGUUUGGCAGAAGAAAUUGACAACCCUGAGUACCAAAGAUUGAGGUGCAGAGUUAACUAUCAUGCUCUAAGAUUUAAGCCACAUAUUAUGAAGCUAAGUCAAUCAAUAGUUGAUAAGCUCCGGUCACAAGGUCACUUCAUGUCUAUACAUCUUCGUUUCGAGAUGGAUAUGCUGGCAUUUGCUGGGUGCUUGGAUAUAUUUACCCCUAAAGAGCAAGAGAUAUUAAAGAAGUAUCGAAAGGAAAAUUUUGCUCCAAAAGUACUCAAUUACGGUGAAAGGAGGGCCAUUGGAAAAUGCCCAUUAACUCCAGAAGAGGUUGGGCUUAUUCUACGUGCUAUGGGGUUUGACAAUUCUACUCGAAUAUACCUGGCAGCAGGGGAACUUUUUGGUGGGGAUCGAUUCAUGAAACCAUUUCGGACGCUUUUUCCUCACCUUGAGAACCAUAGCUCUGUGGAACAUACAGAUGAGCUUGUUGAGAACACCAGGGGGCUGUUAGGGUCUGCUGUUGAUUACAUGGUUUGUCUCCUGUCUGACAUUUUCAUGCCAACAUAUGAUGGUCCAAGCAACUUUGCAAACAAUCUCCUCGGACACCGCCUCUACUAUGGCUUCCGGACUACAAUCAGACCUGACAGGAAAGCUCUUGCUCCUAUCUUCAUUGAUUGGGAGAAUGGGCGGAGAGCAGGUUUUGAUGAAGCUGUUAGGCGUGUCAUGCUCAAAACAAACUUUGGUGGACCCCACAAGCGGGUCCCACCAGAGUCUCUCUAUACAAAUUCUUGGCCUGAAUGUUUCUGUCAAACUUCACCACAGAAUCCUGCAGACAAAUGUCCCCCAGAUGAUGUUCUGCAAAUUCUAAGUGACCGGUUGAAGAGUGAAACAACCGAUGACUUGAAACCAUUGACCCCAUUAAACUUGACAGUAUCUGAGGCAGAAAGAUAAGAAUUUUGACUUCUAGCUGGUGUUAUUCUACAUCCUCAGUGAUAAAUCAGAUUGGAAAGAAUGGGUUUUUUUCGACGGUAUCAGCCUUUCAGUUAUUCUUGCUGGCAUUCAUCUUAAGAGAUGUGGUUAGCAAAUCUGUUAGGUUUUGGAGGUUCAUGUUUCCUGAGGUUUGGACCACAGUAUUACAUCAUACGGAUAACUGGUGUGUUGGUCGGAGCACACAUUAGCUGGAUUUUGUCAAAAGAUUUCUACAAUUUGUAUAAUAAAAUAUAAUACUAACUGAUAAUGAAUGAUGAUAUUUGGUUGACUUGCCCAAAUGUGUAGAAUUGUAUAUCACUGACCAUAAUUUACCAACAAUGUUUAGGAUUGGUUUGAUCAAUAAUAUGCUCGUAGGUUACAUUUUGUCAAA